GCAAGUCCACUGUGACUUGUUGACGUCGCUCCAUCAGCUGAUUGUGUUUACGAAUAAAUUUCACUUAAUUUUAUUAUAAAUAUUUUGUUAAUUAAAAGAAUACAGUGCCAAAUUAACGCACGCAUAAUGUUCGGAAGCUUACGCAAGAAACUGAAUAGCGUCAUUCAGGAGGGAUAUAUUAUUACGGAAAACUUACAACAGCAAUAUCGGCAAAGCCAAACUUCCUCCGCCAGCAGUAGUGCCACUACACCCACUUUAGAUGAAAGCAUACACAGCAACCGCAGUUCCAGCUCUUUUGCUGGACAACUGCCGGGAAGUGAUUUGAUACUGCCAGGAGAUGUCAAUAUGGCAGCUGGUUGUAAUUUACUAGCGAAAUACGAAGAUGCUUGGAAACAACUACAUGACGCGAAUGAGAAUAAUGCGACAAAAGCGACGCAAGUUGCCAAACAAAUCGAACGAAUUGGACAAGCUACAAAUGUGCUACACACGGAUAUGACAGAUUUAGCAACUUGCCUGUCGGGCAUACCAGCGCUGGUGGAGAAAUUGCAUGAAAGCUUAGAAACAUUGCAAAAUGUGAAUAAAUUAAGCGCGACGGUGGAAACGGAGUUGGAGCGUUUGGAGGACUUAUGUGAGGAGUGUGAUUUGCAAGAGUUUAUGCUAAACAAACAGUGUGAAUUAUCACAAUUUAAACAAAUUAAAAUGGCUGAACUAGAAUCAUAUCGUCAACGUGUUGCUGCAAAGCAUCAAGAGAAGAUACGCCAACAUGAACAAAACUUGCGACGCAUACAACGCGAACGCCAAGCAGUAUUUGAUGAUGCAUUCCGCGGCGAUUUGGCCGAGUUCAAAUCGAAGGGUGUGCUAACCAAAAUCCAAAAAGAAGAGCAAACACUGCCAGUUGCACUCGAAGAAGUGGUUUUGGACGAUUCCACCAACAAAGAUGCGCUCGAAGAUUUUCUCAACGGAUAACGUACUAUAUCACUAUAAAUAUAGCGCGUGUAUAUAUAGAACAAUUUCAUUGAAAUUAGUGCCUUUUACGUAGUUGAAUAUUUUGCUCAUACCUGCAUAUUAUUUAUAUUAUUAUAUGCAGGUACGCAUUUCACAUUUACAAAAUAUA